UAAUAAUUGCUUCGAAAAGAGUAAUAAUGCGCUUCUAAGAAGAUAGGAACAGCAGUGAACUGUCAAGGUCGCAAAACGACCCUCGUUACGAGGGGUUUGACCUAAAAAAUAAAAUACUCGCCCCACGUUUUAGUUUUAAACAUUUUUUAAAGUAGUUUAACGUUUACCAGAUGCAUAUGUGGGCGAAUGGAUUGGUAUUGGAAAGUUUUAUGCAAGAGGAAAAUUAUAACUUUUCAAUUUCCUUGUUGCAGGGCUUCUCUUACUAUCAGUCAUCGGCUGUUCAAACUGGAUAUGAAGGCUAUAAGCUCGCUGUUUUUGGCAAUUCUGGUUUUAGUUGUAUUGACCGGUUAUGCUACAAGCUUAAGGGCUGGAGGUCGCAACGUGCUUACCAAAUGGGUGAAGACCUACAUACGAGAAGGAUAUAGCAGGCGAGUUGCGACAACAAAUGGUCGGACUUGUACAAAGACUUGUACCUGGUCAUGUUGCAACUGUAGACGAUGCCGAACUCUGUACAAAACGGUCUGGCGAACGUAUUAUAGAAGCGUGGCAAAAUGGAAACCAAUCUAUUAUUGUGCUGCAGGAUGGAGAGCAAGUGGAGAUGAAUGCACCAUACCAAUUUGCACUGGUCCAUGUCAGAAUGGCGGGAGGUGUGUCAGUCCUGAGCGAUGCCAAUGUACCUCUGGAUGGCAAGGGCCUAAAUGCAGAACCGACAAAAAUGAAUGCGCUACGAACAACGGUGGCUGCCAACAUCACUGUACUAAUAGACCAGGUGGCUACCUUUGCUCUUGUGAUCCGGGAUACAACCCUGUUGGAAGCCAAUGUCAAGACAUUAAUGAAUGCGGUGGCCCGAACAGCUGUCAGCAAAAAUGUGUCAACAAGCCUGGGACCUAUUCGUGUGCUUGUAACGUGGGAUAUCGACUCCUCAACGACUCGGUGACAUGCUCAGACAUAGAUGAAUGUGCACACAGGGUAUGCCAGUACAAAUGCAAUAACACCGCAGGGAGUUUCUUCUGUUCCUGUCCUCAAGGAUAUCUCCUGACAACUAAUAAAAGAGAUUGUGCCGGUAAGUUAGAAUGUGAACAAGACAAACACACAGUCCGAUGUUCAUACCCCGAAUGGGGCAUGCAAAAUGGAAAAUGGCUGGGAUUUAUCAUUUUUUGUCGCUUGAAAAAAAAUAGUAACUUGGGUCACUGGGACUACAGAUGUUUAGAAAAUGUCCUAAAUCACCCACACUUUCUGCUUACAGACAUUAAUGAAUGCGGUGGCCCGAACAGCUGUCAGCAAAAAUGUGUCAACAAGCCUGGGACCUAUUCGUGUGCUUGUAACGUGGGAUAUCGACUCCUCAACGACUCGGUGACAUGCUCAGGGUAUUGUUUGACGUUUCCAAAUUGCAUUCAGUACAAGGGUAGGGGUAUCGUAUGGUGUUUCCUUAGUUUCUUCAUUUAUUUCCUCACCCCAAAAAGGUUGGACCCCACAGUGAAUAAAUCACAUAUCCACUCGUUGGCAACAAAUAAGAAGGCAUCACUUAACACUGAAAUAUGGUUACAAUUUAUAGACAUAGAUGAAUGUGCACACAGGGUAUGCCAGUACAAAUGCAAUAACACCGCAGGGAGUUUCUUCUGUUCCUGUCCUCAAGGAUAUCUCCUGACAACUAAUAAAAGAGAUUGUGCCGAUCAUGACGAAUGCAUGACGGGACACCACGUCUGUCAACAGCACUGUGUCAAUCAUCCUGGAAGUUACAGCUGUGCAUGUCAAAUUGGCUUCACCUUAAAUAAAGACAACCAGUCAUGUUCAGAUAUCAAUGAAUGUACAUUAGGUUUUUCCGGCUGUGCCUACCAGUGUAACAACACUAUAGGCAGCUUCCAGUGCCUUUGUCGGAGUGGAUAUUUUUUGAACCCUGAUAACCAAACCUGUUCAGAUCACGAUGAGUGCAAAAACGGUCGGCACACCUGCAGUCAAAUUUGUGGAAACACUCCAGGGAGCUAUUACUGUACGUGCAGACCAGGAUACUAUCUUGAUCGUGACUUACGGACAUGUAAAGGGUACCCGUGCUUAUCGUUAUCCAAGCCAGCCAAAGGCUACAUGAACUGCACAGGGCAAAUCAUGGACAGCGUCUGUCAGUUCAGCUGUCAGCCUGGGUACGAACUUGUAGGAUCACGACUACGCAUGUGCUUGGCCAAUGGCAAAUGGAGUGGAAAUCGCGCAAUUUGUGAAGUUAAAAAUUGCAAAAAACUACCUCCACCUGCAAAUGGCCAUGUUAAGAUUCCUUGUUCAACCAUUUACAAAGGAAAAUGUUCUUUUGGGUGUCGCUCCGGAUUUUUCCUCAACGGAAGCAGAACAGUUUCUUGCUCUGCGGAUUCCAAGUGGUUGCCGAUCCCUGGAAAAUGUGACGCAAUAACAGUUUGUCACCCUAAUCCUUGCUUUCACGGAGGGGAGUGCAAUCCUAUUAACAGCACAGCCUUCUGGUGUAACUGUACCAACACGGCGUACACUGGCAAUAAGUGUCACAUGGGUAUUUUCCGCAAACCGAAAUAUCCCCGGCUUCAACAAGGUAACAGUUUGAACAUCACCUUUGAAAUGUCUCCGCCAGAGAACCAGCUGACAGUUACGCCAAGUGCAUCGGGAUUAGAAUUCUUACCUCGAAAUUUGGUGAUAUACCCAGUGCAGAGGGAAGAUGGAAAACUGUACCGUACUAACAUGACAGUUACAGCUCGUCUGCCUGGCGUGAAUCUGAUCACAUACACCUUGUCCGGUGUUGCAACCAAUUUUUAUCAGACGGUGCUUCCAGAUACUGUGAUUGUCGUGGACAAUGAAACGCCUUGUAAUGGUAAUCUUAGUAGCAGUCUUCCUGUGGGAUGCCACCAAGCCAGACUACUCAAGUGUCCACAAAGUGACUACUUCUUGUAUGCCAGAUCAACCGAGCCAUGGAAACAAACCCAGGGGAAAGUCAGCACCAAGGGAGUCGUUAGUAUUCUGUCUGCAAAUAAUCGCACUUUACCGCUGGGUAUAACAGGAACAGCACUUGACAAAUCGAAUCUCCUUCAUCUUUCUGUCUCAGCGGACAACAAGUUUUGCAAAGACCACCCAUCAGCAGAUGUACAAUGUCUUCCUUCCGAAAUCAUUGCCACGGUUUUCAUCCAGUCCUUGACUGCUAGCCUUCCUCGCUGGUUACGUUUGAUCCCAUCAAAAACGUUAUCAGGCUUUGACACAAAUGAUGCAAUCACGUACUUAUGGAACGGGCUACAACUAAAGGACAUUUUGAAAGGGCUAGGUCUAUCCGUGAACGAGCGAUCUUAUUAUUCAGGGCUUCUGUACUCAAAUGCCUUAACUGUCGAGUUAAACAAAAGCAGGGUGGCACUUCCUAAGUAUGAUGGCAAAAAUACGCACCUCGUUGUUACGGAUCUCUGUUCGAAGUCAUGGCCUCCUAAUGCACUCAUUGUCUUUAACCCAUUAUCCUAUAAAACGUUACAAGCCAUUUCGCUUUAUGAGAAGCUUGAAGCUCGAGGCUGGAAAGUUACAGCGAUGGCUGUACAGUUUUCUAAAUUAAGUGCUCUAAACUACUCUGCCUAUACAAGAAAGCAAGAAAACGAGCUCAUACCAGGAAGUCUGGAACUCUUUGGAAGAGCGGAAAAGACCAUCAAUGGUUCUCUCCCAAUUGGUUUCAUGAAUGUGCGUUUGGUGGGAAAUACAAUCUUAGGAGUAUCAGAUAUCGACAAAGUAUGGGAGGACAGUCCAACCUUUUGGAAGGCGGGAAUAAGAGGAGAAGUGACGGCAAAUAUGACUCUCUUCUUGUUAGAGCAAAAGGUAUCAGUGGAACUUCAAUUAGAUGAAAGCUCUGGACUGGUGCAGUAUCGAGAAUCUCUAAACAACAAGUCUUGCAAGAUCACAGACACAUAUGAAUUAUCCUUGAAUGGCUUCUCAGCGAAAGAUCCAUUCGCGUUGACUGUUCUUGGCUCCUUUAUCGAGAGUCCGAACGGCAAAGUGUCCUUCUAUGCGAAUUCUCAGCUUCUGCCCAACUCGUCAGCAAAAGAGCCAAGUGGAUCCUCAGCCAUCCAGCUGGAAUUGGCAUUAUCUGGCGUUGUCAAAUUUGGACCUUUGAAGUUUCCCAACAUGUCCAUCAGUACUGAGAUGUUCUCAGAAGAAUUCAAAACGUGCAAUGGUCAAGGCAAUAAGAUAGAUGUUCCUGGUUUAAUCGUUUCCGCUACUUUCAACCAACCGGAGGUGUUAGGAAGGUUCUUCACUUGCCUCAAUUCGGAUUCCCUUCAGAUUUUCUUGCCUUCUAACAGCCGGAACAGUUCUGAAGGAGUCCUUGACACCAGUGUGGCCUUGCUGGGUGACUCGUUUAAAGCUAAAUUGAACAUAUCAAACAGCUCUUUGAAUUUUAAGAAAGAGGUCAAUUUAUUCGAUAAUUAUCGCCUGUCAAUAUAUGGGUCAAGUCAAUUACAGACAUGGGAUUCCCUGUCUUUGAAAGUCACCGGAACGUUCGGUAAAACAGACCCUAACAGUGAUCAGAAUGCACUGGAGGAUACAAUGAAAGAAGUUAUAAACGAUUACACAAAGGUUGUUGUUGAAACUACUACUCAGCGACUAAAAGUUUUCGAAAGUAUGAGGAACAAAAUUAAAGCGAGGAUCAGCAGGAGCCAUUUACGACUUGUCCAAGCAGAAAAUAAAACUCAUUUGGCCAUCGAGCAAUACCUUAGAGCAUUAAAAGCCGAACGUACCGCCUUGAAGGAUGUGAAAAAGGCAGAGAAGAUUUUGACCAACAGUAGUGAAGAACUUAACCAACUCAAAGUAUCUUUUGAGCGGUUAUGCUCCGUAAUUGAAUGUCCCUACAUUUGUGUUACCGGAACCGCUUGUAAUGCUUGCUAUGAAGAUCUCAUCAGCAAGGAGCAGGGGGUCUGCCAGCGACCUGUCACAAUCUCCGACAGGAAAAAACUCCCUCCAUUUCAGGAGACAUCGACUUGUCACGAAGAGGAGUGCGAUCAUUCCGGGGAUGAUUUAUGGCCUACCAUAUCCUGUAGUUUCGAGAAAGUCGGGAAACGAGUUCUGAAACCAGCGAUUGUAUUAUAGGAGGUACAGUUCUUUUAUCGUCCAUGGGCGCUCCACCACCAGCUGCAUAUGUCGCUUCAACUGCUGCAGUAAAUGCCGCGUACGAACAUGAUAAAACGAAUGAUCCACAUAAAUCAGCAUCUGCGGGAAUCAAAUCGGGAAUACUGGCAGUUCUAUUCACAGCUGCGGGUGAGAAAGCAGGAGAGUACGUACCCGGGCUCAAACCGGACCCAGAUCAUAGUGAAGACUUUGGAUGGGCAGCAGUAGGGGGAGCGAAAGAAGCUGUAGAACAAUGUAAUGAUGAGGGUUCAUGGAACUGCGAAC